UGGAUGUGACAGAGGCCUCGGUGUACUCAGGAGUUUGUACAGAGAUCUUCAAAAGAGAGUGUGUGAUCUUCCAGAAACCAGUCUACUGCUUUGUUCAUCUGAGCAUUCAGGAGUUUCUGGCUGCAGUCUACAUGUUCUACUGUCAAAACAACAGAAAGACAGAAGUGGUGAAAGACCUUCUGGGGCAAUCCUUAAAAGAAAAAAAACACAGUCACCUAACCCUAAAGUCAUUUAAAGGGAAAAUUGUUAGGUUUUUUGGACAUGCUUCAUCUCAGGACAGUCUUCAUCAAUUUAAUGAUCAGCGUUUCCCAUCUCUAGAUGUCUUUCUCAGCAGAGUUGCAGGGAAAUCCCUCGAGAGUAAAACUGGUCAUCUGGACAUGUUUGUUUGCUUCCUUCAUGGCCUCUGUCUGGAGUCCAACCAAAGACUCUUAGGAGGUCUGCUGGGUCAGACAGAGAUCAGUCCAGAAACCAUCCAGAGAGUCAUCAACAACCUGAAGGAGAUGAACAGUGAUAAAAUCUCUCCUGACAGAAGCAUCAACAUCUUCCACUGUCUGAUGGAGAUGAACGACCUCUCAUUAUUUCAGGAGAUCCAAGAGUUUCUGAAGUCAGAGAACAGAUCAGAGGAACUCUCUGAGAUCCAGUGCUCAGCUCUGGCCUUCAUGCUACAGAUGUCAGAGGAGGUUCUGGAUGAGUUGGACCUGCACAAGUACAACACAUCAAACCGGGGACGGCGUAGACUGAUUUCAGCUGUGAGGAACUGCAGAAAGGCUCGACUGGCUGAGUGUGGACUCUCAGAUACUCACUGUGAAGCUGUGGCCUCAGCUCUGAAGUCCAACCUCUCCCAUCUGACUGAGCUUGACAUGAGUAACAAUGACCUGCAGGAUCUAGCAGGGAAGCUAUUGUGUGCUGGACUGGCGAGUCCAAACUGUCGACUGGAGACUCUGAGUCUGUCAGGCUGUCUGAUCACAGAGGAAGGCUGUACUUCUCUGGCCUCAGCUCUAAGCUCUAACCCCUCCCAUCUGAGAGAACUGGACCUGAGAUACAAUCAUCCAGGGGACUCAGGAAUUAAGCUGCUGUUGGCUGGACUGAAGGAUCCAGGCUGGAGACUGGACACUCUCAGGGUGGAGCCUGCUGGAGUCCGAUGGUUGAGACCAGGUCUGAGGAAGUGUAAGUGUGUUUUUAAUGGGAUUCAUGAAAACCAAGCAGUGCAGACAAUCAGCCCGUCAAUUGGUCUUGGAGUGGUCAUGGGAUCUCCAGGCAGCCAAUCGUCCGCGAGGUCUGACACACUGUGA